UAAGCCAGUCGUGCUUUAUCGUCCUCUAGCUUCUAAAAAAAAUUCCAUUCCCAAAAUCCGAAAUUAGGGCAAACGAGAAAAUUUUCGCAAAUUGAAUCCGAUCGGUUAGCGAUCUGAGAUCGAUUCGAUUUUCAACGCGAACAUCUUCGGAUUAAAUUUACCUGCUGUACACAUCCUAGGCAUACUUGGUUCUUUGCCAAUGGACAAAGGAGUACCUCCUAGUCUCUUUGUUAAUGAUGGUUCAUUCAUGGAGAGGUUCAAACAGCUUCAACAAGAGAAGGAAAAGGAGAAGAGUGCCAAACUAGAGGAGUCUAAGCCGAUCAAAAUUAAAUCAGGGUCAUUGACGGCUAAUUCUACCAUUAGUAGAACAAGUGUGGAUAAGACCAAUGAUACACAGAAGAAACCCCAAGCUUCUUCAGGUGGAAAGCUUGCUUUCAGCUUGAAAACAAAGUCAAAGAUUGUGGCGCCUCCUGUUAAGCUAGCAGAUGAGGAUGAAGAUGAAACAGAUGCUGGUAAAGUUUCAGCCGAUGCACCAACGAAACGACUAAAGUUAGAUCACUCAGAUGCUUCCGAACAUUCAUCAAGACAAGUGGAUGUUGCACCACCUUCUCCAAGUGAUCCUACAGUGAAGAAAGUUGCUGACAAAUUAGCAAGUUUUGUGGCUAAACAUGGAAGGCAAUUUGAGCAUGUUACACGUCAAAAGAAUCCUGGAGAUACCCCUUUUAAAUUUCUAUUUGAUGAAAGUUGCGCAGAUUACAAAUAUUAUGAAUAUCAGCUUGCUGAAGAGGAAAAGGCUCUUUCACAGACAAGCGAAUCCCAAUCAUCUCACAGUGGUGGUACAAGUACUUCAGCUUCUAAAUCCAACAGUGGUUCUCAAAGGUCUUCUCAUCAGCAUUCGAACUAUCAAACCCCUGCCUCCGCUUUAUAUGCAGCCACUGAGGAUCCAAGAGUUCAAACAGCAUCAGCAGGAAGAUAUGGUGAAGCUAGUGCACCGACAAGUGCAGAUCCCAUAGCAAUGAUGGAGUUUUACAUGAAGAAGGCUGCACAGGAAGAGAAAUUUAAACAACCUAAACAAUCAAAAGAUGAAAUGCCACCACCAGCUUCUCUUCAAGGUCCCGAUUUGCUUGCGGCUGCUUCUAAAAAAGGGCAUCACAUGGGUGAUUACAUCCCACAAGAAGAGCUUGAGAAAUUCUUGGCUGCUUGUAAUGAUGCAGCUGCACAGAAAGCUGCCAAAGAGGCUGCAGAAAGAGCAAAAAUCCAGGCUGAUAAUGUGGGGCAUAGACUUUUGUCUAAAAUGGGUUGGAAAGAAGGUGAAGGACUGGGGAGCUCCAAAAGUGGUAUUGCAGAUCCAAUCAUGGCAGGUAAUGUCAAGAUAGACAACUUGGGGGUGGGUGCUCACAAUCCUGGGGAUGUGACUCCUGAGGAUGAUAUAUAUGAGCAGUACAAGAAGCGGAUGAUGCUUGGUUAUCGUUACAGGCCUAACCCUCUGAACAAUCCUCGGAAAGCAUACUAUUGAGCAACUAUACUAUGGAAGCCUACAUGUCAAGAUUGUCUUAAAGAAAUAAUUUGAAGUUAAAUGCUUAAAAUACAUUCGAGAAGCAAAAAAUGGAUUUGGUUUCAUGUGGCAGGUCAUAUGGAGUGGAUAUUACUUUUUGUGAAUUGUGAAUUUCAGUGUUUGAUGGAUUGUAGUCUAUACCCUUUCUUUUCAAAUUCUUCCUUUUGGAGUAUAGUAGUGUUCCUAUUCACAGUUUCACACUUCAGUUGACUCUUUUUUUAAUGAAUGAUAUGGGCGUAUGCCUUGACGUGUGUUCAAAGAAGUAACCUUUACAAACUUGUUUUGACAUAAUUUGUUGGAACAACAAUGUUGUGGAAUAAUGGAAAGUUAAAUGUAACUGGUGCUUGAUAAUU